AUGAACGACUCUCCAACCUUGGCGGGUUUCGACCAAGAACCCCAUGCCACGGACAAUGAUUCGGUUCACACCAACGACGUGAUUGGCGUCCUUGGUCCCUUGGAUGACAACGAUGGCAACAAUAUCGUCACGCAUGCGCCUAAAGAGGGCUUUCGCCUGGGCUACUUCGAUGUCAGCUGUCUCGUCAUCAAUCGGAUGAUUGGCACCGGUAUCUUCAUGUCUCCCCAGCGAGUGAUGCAAGGAACCAGAAGCGUCGGUGCGAGCAUGCUCAUAUGGGUCGCCGGCAUGAUCUAUUGUCUUUGUGGCACCCACGUAUACAUUGAGUAUGGUUUAAAUGUACCUCGGUACAUUAUCAAUGGAGUUGAGAGCUCGGUGCCGCGGUCUGGGGGCGAUCUCGUCUAUCUGCAGUACGUCUUCCGCAAGCCCGCCUACCGCAAGAACACCAUUCUCUUGUCGACUUGUAUUUUUGGCAUCAGCUUCAUCAUCCUCGGAAACAUGGCCGGAAACUGCAUCCACUUUGCGCUCCGCGUUAUGGAAGCGGCCGGCGUUGAGAACCCCAAAAAUGGCCCGGUCCGUGGCAUCGCCCUCGCCGCUGCCAUUUUUGCGUGCGGUGUCCAUGCUAUCAGCCGUCGAUUCGGUAUCUUGCUCAACAACACGUUGGCCGUCAUGAAGAUCAUGAUCAUGCUGCUGAUCAUCAUCGCCGCCAUUAUCGUUGGCGCCGGGGGCUUUCCGAACACCCCUAACGUCAUUAGCGCUAACACAUCCCCGAAGAACUCCUUCAAAGACGCGUCCCAAGAAGUCAACGGCUAUGCCCAGGCCUUUCUUGCCGUCAUAUUCACCUUUUCAGGAUUCGAACAGCCCAACUACGUGCUUGGGGAAAUCAGCCGGCCCAGGAGGAAGUUCCCCAUUGCUAUGGGAACUGGUGUCGGGGUUGUCACAAUGCUGUAUCUCGCUGUCAACAUUUGCUACUUGGUAGUUGUGUCCAGUGACGAACAGAUUGAGGAAAACGUUGCCCAACGCUUCUUCGAGCUUACCUAUGGCAGAUUGGGCUCAGGCGUCCGAAUCUUUAACGCCUUUCUCGCUAUCUCCUCCAUGGGUAACAUCAUUGUUAUGACAUAUACAGCCGCCCGAGUAAAGCAGGAGAUUGCCAAGGAGGGAAUCCUACCUUGGCCAAAGUUAUUCGCCCGAAACACCGACAUGAGCAUCGGCCGCCUGAUCCGAUGGUUCCAGAAGAAGGGCUGGUUCGUUUCACUCCACCACAUCCGAUGGCUCUCCCCAGAACACCACAGCGAGAGGACACCUGUCGGUGCUCUGUUUCUGCAUUUCGUCAGCUGCGUCAUCCUUCUAUUCGCGACGUACGGAAUAGAGCCAACUACGGCCUACGUAUUGCUCACGUCUCUGAGUGCAUACGUUAUAAACGCCUUCAUGGCUACCUUUCUGGGGUUGGGUAUCCUCAUCCUGCGAUUCUGCGGACCACCCAGGACCGUCGCCGAAGAGGACGCCUCGACCUUUGAACAGGAAUCCCGGCCGCUAACCUGGGCUGAAAUGACAGGAAAGCAGUUCCGCCCCUUCUUGUCCAUCUUCUGCGCCCUUGUAUACAUGUGCGGGGGCCUCUACCCAGUCAUCACCAACUGGGUGCCCCCCUCAGGGUCGCUGCCUUCCACAGUCAAGCCAUGGUACUUGGUCCCCACCGUCUCAUGGGUCGUCAUCGGUAUCGGCAUCGGUUGGUUCUUUGGUUUCGUUCUAUUCGCACGUUACAUCGAGAGGAAAGAACACAGUGUGUUCGUGGUGGAGAAGAAACCCGAAUUCGAGCCAGCUGAGACCAGCGGUCGAAGCUCCGAGGCCAGCGGCACUGGGACGGACCUCAUCCAGGUGCACGAGACGGUGUAUCUGAGCUGGGUCGGCAAGGAGGCAUUACGCUCGAGGCGGCCGGUAUUCGAAGACUCUAAGCAGGUCGACGGAAGCGUGAGGGAGGUUUUCCAGUCUCCUUAUGUGGGCACCGACUUUUCUGCCUUCAUGUCGAAUCAAACGACCCCAGAAAGAGGCGGCUACCAGUAG